UGUGGCGUGGUCAGGCAGGGCUGCCCGUAAACACUAACAUGCAGGUGGCUUUCUCCGGAUUCUCACACAGACAGUGCGUUUCUCUUUACUGGAUUAGGAUAAAAACACGUCCUGAAGCGUCCGAGGGGCUCUCUCAGCUCGCAAAUGGACACAUAACAGAGAUGCUGGUCAUGCUAUGCUAGCUAGCUGUUCUGCUCUGUCGUGCACACCCUCGGUGGGUUUGCUGGCCAUCUGGGUUAAUGACCGCCGAGCACAAUGACCUGGCUGUAGUAGGGUUAGGUAACCUUAGUCGCCUCAGUCCACUCGUCGUUGUGUUCAGACAUCCGCUGGACGUAACAGGAUUAACAAGGCGUUCAGAGAAAACAGAGAAAGGCUCAGUAUCUAAGCUCUGGGUUCUGUAUGAAGGAUGUACUCGCCCCUGAGGAAGGACUUUGUCUCUCUGACGCUGGGAGAGCAGCAUAGCCGCAGCUACACAAACGGGAAGCACCGGAGGCAGUCGUGUUGGAGGAGAUGGAAGCAGUUGUCUCGACUGCAACGCAGUCUGAUCCUGUUCCUGCUGGCCUUCCUGCUCAUCUGUGGAAUCUUCUCUUACCCCAGCCUCUCGGAGCAGUGGAGAGCACUCUCUGACGGGGCAGUGAAGGAGGGCUGGGAUGAAAGGGAGCACCAAGGCCUCCAGCCCAUUCCUCCUGGUCUCGUCCCAAAGGUCGUCCCUGGGGUUGUACAGGAGGAGCCUCCAGAGCCACAAAGGCCGAACGUCCCCCUCCUGCCCAAACCUCAAGGCUUGAAGAAGCCUCCAAGUAAGCGUGGUCCUCCAGCCCUGCAGAAAAGAGGCAAUGUGUCAGACUGGCAGGUGAAGGACAGAGAAGAGCCAGCUAUCAGAAGAGAUGAAGAUCAGGAGAAAGAAACAAAGACAGUCAUUAGCUGGCGAGGGGCCAUGAUUGAAGCGGAACAAGGCACUGAGCCACAGCCCUCAGCUCAUGCAAAAGAGGGAGCAGAGCCUGCUGAGGUGGAAGGUGCUGCUCCUUUACAGCCAGUCUCUGUGAAGCCUGUGGAUCGGGCCGAGGCUGUGAGGGAAGCGUUCAGGCAUGCGUGGAAAGGUUAUAAAGCGUUUGCUUGGGGUCAUGAUGAGCUGAAGCCCCUCUCUAAGACACAUGGAGAGUGGUUUGGUUUGGGCCUUACACUAAUAGAUGCGCUCGACACCAUGUGGAUUCUAGACCUGAAAGAAGAGUUUGAAGAGGCAAAGAGAUGGGUAGAGAAGGAGCUAUCGUUCUCUAAGAACGUGGAUGUGAAUCUUUUUGAGAGCACCAUCCGAAUUCUUGGAGGCCUCCUGGGCACGUACCACCUGACAGGAGACUCCCUGUUCUUGGACAAGGCUAAAGACAUUGGCUCAAGAUUAAUGCCUGCCUUCAAUACGCCGUCCAAAAUCCCUUUCUCUGAUGUAAACAUUGGGAAAGGUAUUGCUCACCCCCCGCGCUGGACCACUGACAGCACUGUGGCUGAAGUCACCAGCAUUCAGCUGGAGUUCAGAGAGCUCAGCAGGCUCACUCAGGACCCGCAGUACCAGAAAGCAGUGGAUGAGGUAAUGAGGCAAGUCCACAGGCUAGAUGGGAAGCAUGAUGGCCUGGUUCCCAUGUUCAUCAACACGAACAGUGGGAAGUUCACCCACCGUGGGGUUUUCACCCUGGGAGCCCGCGCAGACAGCUACUACGAAUAUCUGCUCAAGCAGUGGCUGCAGGGUGGUAAGAAGGAGCCUGAGCUACUGGAGGACUAUCUUCAGGCUGUGGAAGGGGUCAAGAAAAACCUCCUCGGACAGACAUCGCCCAGUAAACUCGUCUUUGUUGGGGAGCUGUCCCAUGGACGACUCAACCCCAAGAUGGAUCAUUUGGUGUGUUUUCUGCCAGGGACGUUGGCUCUGGGAGCCCAUAAUGGCCUUCCAGCUGACCACAUGGAUCUGGCCGCGCAGCUGAUGGAGACGUGCCAUCAGAUGUAUGUUCAGAUGGAGACGGGGCUGAGCCCCGAGAUCGCCCACUUCAACCUGCAGAACCAAAACGGCCGUGAUGUAGACGUCAAGCCUGCAGAUAGACACAACCUGUUGCGGCCUGAGACAGUGGAGAGUCUGUUCUACAUGUACAGAUUCACCCAGGACAGCAAAUACAGAGACUGGGGCUGGGAGAUACUGCAGAGCUUCAACAAGUACACCAGGGUCCCCAGCGGUGGCUACACCUCCAUUGGAAAUGUGCGUGACCCAGUAAACCCCGGCCCCAGGGACAAGAUGGAGAGCUUCUUCCUCGGGGAGACUCUGAAGUACCUGUUUCUGCUGUUCUCCGAUGACCCUGAGCUGAUCAGCCUGGAUAAGUACGUGUUCAACACAGAGGCCCAUCCCCUCCCCAUCUGGCCCUCUGACUCCUGACAGCAGCUCCAGCUGCAGGGACUGAAUCUUCCACACAGAGGGAGAGUCCUCAAGCUCUUCAUGAGGCAGAUACUGUAGUAUUUGAGGUGGGCAGCUUUCUUCACACAAUGGGUGAACAGAAUUGCUCUGGCCUUUACCUGUGCACACACUAACGGGGGUUUUCUCAGUGGCAGUUCUUGGUGGUGAUGAAGGGUCUGACAGGACUGCACUUGAGCUAUUCUGGUGAGGCAAGCAUGGACCUAAUUGGAGGACAUAAGUGUGAAUGAAGUCAUUUGAAUUAAAGAUAUGCUAGAUGUAAAGUUGUUCAAUAAUCUGUCCACUUUGAGGCUUAUCGUCCAGCCACUAAAAGAUAAAACUGUGACAUAAGGGGUCUGUUAAAUGUCUCUCGUCAUCGACAUUUUAGGGUUUAUCUCCAAAUAAACUGAGUCACUGAAGAAAGACUGUUCAAUCACACACACUGUGACAAUUCCUAGCACUUUGAUGUACAAAUGAAGGUUUGGAUUUCCUUGCCAUUUUUUAUAUAUAAUUGUGUGUAUUGAUGCACUUGAUGUUUGUAUUUCAUCGUGUUGACUCUUCAAGCUCUCGCACAGGGACCCUGCAAGUAUGUUUAUGAAUAUUCCCUUUAUGAGAUGCAGGAUACAUUUGGGACCAUGUUGAACAGUGAGCUGUUUAUUUUUAGAGUUAUGUUUAUUUGGUGGUUGUGAGGCCCAUGAGAUUUUACGCAUCUCUGUUUAUUUUAUCUGACAUUUUUAGCACUUUAGCAAAAGCCAGUGACUUGAUUUAGGGGGACUCCCCACGGAGCCACUUGUAUUGCAGUGCUGUAGUGCGUUGUGAUCAACAGCUUUUACUAGCUGUGAAACAGGCUUCGCAGCUAAACCUAGGUUCCUUUCAAGUUGUGACAAACAAAUACUCCUUUUAGGAACCAUUUGGGGUUCACAUAUGUGAUAUUAAACAUCUUUUGGUCACCUUUUAUUACCAGUAGACGUGACUGAAUGGACUCCAAGACAUUGUUUUACACUGGGAAAUGUUAUAGCCACAUUUUAUUGCAGGAGCUAAUAAACAAUAAUUCUUUAUCAUAAUAUUAUCUCGAAUCUACGUGGAUACACUGGUGCCUGUCUGCAAAAGUUAGCACAUAUAUAAGCGUUUAUACAUCCGAUCCAGCACAUAUGUUGUGUGCAGUAAAGCUUUUUAUGUCCAAUCACUUUUCAGAGUUUCAGAGUAGCUGUUUGUCGCGGCUCAUGUGUCAUGUUUUUGUUUACCCUGUCAUAUUCCGGGCUUAUCUGUCUGUGGUCACGCGUGCUGUCAUGCAGUCAUGUGCUCUAAGCCUCCUAGACCUGUCAGACUAUGAUGAGAUAAGCCUUCAGCAACGUUGCAAGCUUCUCUCCGUUUAUUACAGCGAUGAUGGGCGUCCGUGGCCCUGCACUGUAGCAUCUUCUCCACCCAGUUCCUUCCUGCCUGCUCACAGCAGCACGGUGGCAAAUUUGACAUUGUUUUUGUGCCUUUUGAUGUACAGGAUCCUGAAACGAGUGCGAUAAACACUGACGGCUCUGCUGCAAUCCGUUUCUGGCAAUUACCAUUUGUGCUUUGCUGGCAUGCGCUCUCAACGAAAGAGCCGUGAGAGGAGACUCGUCUCAGGGUUCAGAUGCUUUUAAUACUUCGGAUGUUUUCAGAGAGUGUCUGUAAUGCAUAGUCUAAUGGAAAGCUGUGGAACUAUGCUUGAUAAUGUAAAAGUGGAAAAGAUUAUUAUUUAUUUUGCGCAGGUCUGUUUGGGUUGUCAGUAAAAGACACAUAAAGCCUAUCAUGGGUCACUGAAAGGGACUUUGUUUAUCUUAAUAGAUAUUUAAAGCAGUUUUGACUAUACAAAAUGAUAGAGCAGUUCGUUUAGUGAGCAGCUGAGCUUUCCGUUCAGUGACGGAGAGAGUUCUGCUUAAUCUACCCCAGUAAUGUUUGUUAAUAGUCUGUUUUAUCAUGGGUAUCACACUGGGCCUGGUUUAUAUUUAUAAUUUAGAUUGAAUCUGCUCUCAAAGGGAAAAAGGCUAGGACUAGAUCAUUCAUGUAUCAUGUGCAAUAGACGCAAUCCACUUUUCAGUAGGAUUUGUAGAAUCAAAGACUCCUCUGAACUCCCAGCUCCUUCUGUUUGUUCCUGCUUUAGAGAAUCUGCCUUGCUUCCUUUGGCUGCUUCGACUACUUAGCUUUACAUCUCAUGUUAUCAGAGAUUUUUUUUUUUUUUUAUUCCACUGACUGAAGCUUUGUACGAAGUUCUGUAAAUAUACAUUCAGUUUCUCUACAUCAUUUGAAUCUGCAAAUAAAAAGAUUUGACCUACA